AUGAGGCGAAGCGAGUUAUUGGAAUUCAGAACUCCUCAACAUCCAUCGUUGGGAACAAACAACUGGGGUGGUGCUUCACCAUUGCUGGCUAGAAACAUACCAGAAGAGUCACUUGAACAGAUAUAUCGAAGGCUCAACUCUAUUCGCACAAAAGAUGAGAUAUUUCCAACCAAUGUGGAUGACUAUAACUACUACCACGUGGCUCAAUCUCAUGCUGAGAAACAUAAAUGCCCUCCAACGCCAAACCGCAACAGAGGACUUUUAUGGAAGUUUCUUUCCCCAAAGAAGGAGAAGCUUGAACUUGGUUCCAAGACAAGAUUCAAUGAUUUACAAAAAUGCAUUGCAGUUGAUCAAUCAUGUGGUUCCAGAGAAGCUACUGGACAAUAUGUGAUUGGGAGUUAUUCAGCAGAGGUGAGGAAGCUGGGAUUGUAUCUUUUGGAUCUAAUUUGUGAAGGAUUAGGACUUGAAAGCCUUGAAGGGGAAGUUCAUGGGCUUCUAGUCUUUAAGGAUGAGAAAUGGUUUGCUAUUGAGCCUCCUCAUUCAUUUGUGGUCAACAUUGGUCACAUGUUACAGGUUAUCAGCAAUGGCAAGCUAAGAAGUGCAGAUCAUAGAGUCGUGACAAACAAAAGGUCUGCAAGAAAGACGGUUACCAGCUUCAAUCCAUCCUUGCAAUGA